ACGCUGCCACAUGUCAGGCAUUAGCCACAGUACACACAGGUAGAGUACUCAGCUCUGGCAUGGAGUAUGAUUUAAUUUAAGGACAACAACAACAACAACAACAACAACAACAACGACAGAAAGCUGCCAUCAGAAUGGAGGGACCCCUCACUGUUACCACAUGGCAGAAAAUCCAGUUAUUUUACCAAGGGAUUCUGGAAAAUGGAGACAAGAGGACAGACGGUUGGCUGCUGGUCUACUCUCCCGUCCCUGUUGGAUGUAUCUUCCUGUGCUACUUGAUUAUUUUAUGGGCGGGGCCUAGGCUGAUGGCCCGGCGUCAGCCCAUCAACCUGAGGCCUGUGCUGCUGCUGUAUAACUUCGCCAUGGUCUGCCUGUCCGCCUACAUGUUCUACGAGUUCACAGCCUCUGCCUGGUUGUCCAGUUACAGUCUGCUGUGCCAGCCCGUGGACUACAGCCACAGCCCGCUGGCCAUGAGGAUGGCCAGAGUGUGCUGGUGGUUCUAUUUCUCCAAGGUGAUAGAACUCAGUGACACUGUAUUUUUUAUCCUGAGGAAGAAGAACAAUCAGAUAACCUUCCUCCAUGUUUACCAUCACGCCACCAUGGUCUUCAACUGGUGGUCUGGGGUUAAAUAUGUGGCUGGGGGCCAGUCUUUCCUGAUUGGUCUGAUCAACUCCCUGGUCCACGUAGUGAUGUAUCUGUACUAUGGUCUGGCAGCUGUCGGACCCAGCAUGACCAAAUACCUCUGGUGGAAACGCUACCUCACCUCCCUGCAGUUGCUCCAGUUUUUCAUCGUAACCAUCCAUACAACCUACAACCUGUUCGCCGACUGUGACUAUCCUGACUCCAUGAACGCCGUGGUGGUGGCGUACUCGCUCAGCCUCAUCGUUCUGUUCAGUAACUUCUACUACCGCAGCUACCUCGCCAAGAAAACCACCAAGACAACAUAAACAUAAAGACAAAACAAAGAAGAAAGAUGUGACAUGUAUGUGGAAGUUUAUAAUAAAGACUAUUUAAAUGAUGUUUUUUGUGGUUAGUGUUCUUAAUUAAUAUAUCCAUUUGAUCCAGGACUGCAAACACUCAAUCCAUAUUUAACCCUGUUCCAUAGCCCCCCUGCCCCUCCCCCUGUUGCUAUUACAGCAGACCUUAAUCAC